CAGCUUUCUGUAGCAGAGAUCACCAAUGCCUGCUUUGAGCCAGCCAACCAGAUGGUGAAAUGUGACCCUCGCCAUGGUAAAUACAUGGCUUGCUGCCUGUUGUACCGUGGUGAUGUGGUCCCCAAAGAUGUCAAUGCUGCCAUUGCCACCAUCAAAACCAAGCGUACCAUCCAGUUUGUGGACUGGUGUCCCACUGGCUUCAAGGUGGGCAUUAAUUACCAGCCUCCCACUGUGGUGCCUGGUGGAGACCUGGCUAAGGUACAGCGGGCUGUGUGCAUGCUGAGCAACACCACAGCUAUCGCUGAGGCCUGGGCUCGCCUGGACCACAAAUUUGAUCUGAUGUACGCCAAGCGUGCCUUUGUUCACUGGUACGUGGGUGAGGGGAUGGAGGAAGGGGAGUUUUCUGAGGCCCGGGAGGACAUGGCUGCCCUCGAGAAGGAUUAUGAGGAGGUUGGUGUGGAUUCUGUGGAAGGAGAAGGUGAGGAGGAAGGAGAGGAAUAUUAAGAAUGUCACAAAGGUGCUGCUUUUACAGGGAAGCUUAUUUUGUCUUAAAACACUGAAAAGUGGUCUGAUCAGUUAAUUCAUAUGUAGCAGUGUAUACUCUCAUUCAAUUACUGACCUAUGCUUUAAAACAUGAAUGCUUUGUCACAGACCCAAAUUGUCCAUUCUCUGAUGAGUUUUGAAUAAAAAGUGU